AUGCCAUCCGAUCAAUUACAAGCUACUCUAUCGAAUACUCUCAAUUAUUUUCCUAUAUUAGCUGGUCGCACUACAGAAGAUGAGAAAGGCAACGUCACCAUUCAUUUGACAAAUGAAGGUGUUCUCUACACCGAAGCAGAAUGUUCAAAUCAAAAUUUAGAUUAUUUUAUACCACGAACAUAUCAAGACGAAGGAUUUGAUUAUGAACAUAUCAAUACAAGUGAUUUAGCUGUAAGCGUUAAAACCGAUUGUACAAGACCUUGCAUGUCGAUACAAGUGACGCGUCUCAAGUGUAACAGCGUUAUUCUAAGUAUAUCAGCUUUUCAUUGUUUAGUGGAUGCACACAGCAUGGGACAUUUCAUCAAUGCAUGGGCUUCUGGAAAGCCAUCACAAAUGAUGCCAAUGCUCGACAAAAAUUUCAUUUUAUUUCCUACGGAACAAGAACGACAACGGAUAAGUUCUUUGAGUCGACCAAAGGACUGUGUUUUCAAUCGAAAUAUCCCUCCCAUAUCAGGUACACCAUUCAUUCAAGUACAACAACAACGUGUGAUUUCCAGAGUUUAUUUUUUCUCUGCGAAUGAACUAAAUAAUAUUAAAAAAGAAGCAUCAAAAGACGUAUCAAAAUCAGCUGAUUUCAUUAGUAGCUACGACGCUCUUUAUGCUCAUAUGAUUUUAGUAAUUGCAGCAGCCACUCAAACUUCAUUGACUGAUAAUAUCAAAAUUUUACAAUCACUUAAUGGUCGAUCACGUUUCAUUUCUUGUUGUUCACAAGCCGUUCUUAACUACUUUGGUUCAUUUCCAUUUUGGCUCUAUGCGGAAAUACCAUCAGAUCAAGAACCAACUCUUGCAUCAUUAGCACAACUAAUUCAUGAAAUGUAUUCAAAACAAACAGAACAUUCAUUGAGAGAAUAUAAUGCUUAUUUAAUGAGUGGCGAUGGUGAUAUAAAUAAAAAUCGAGCAGAUGCAGAUAUAAUUAAUCGUGAUUUUUAUUGUUCAUCAUGGCGAAAAGGAAAUAUAUACGGUGCUAAUUUUGGUAAUAGUGGAUUUCCUAUCUACAGCGGACCAACUGAUCAUUUAUAUCCACGAUAUUUUGCAAUGAUGGAUUCAUAUGCAAGUGAUGGAUCAGUUAAUAUUAUACUCGGCCUGCAAGGUGUAUUGAUUGUUUAUCGUGGACAAGGUAUGCAGAAUGAUGACUUAAAGAAAUUAUUGAAACGUCAAGGUGAUCUUUUAUCAUUUAAUAAUUUUUUAUCAACAAGUACUGGUCGACAAGUUUCAUUAACUUUUGCAAGUUGUGCACAAAAUGAUUCAAAUAUAACACCAAUUCUUUUUCAAAUGGAAAUUGAUCCAUUAAUUUCAUCAACUUCUUUUGCUUCUAUCAAUGAUAAUGAUGAACAACUACAAAGUCUGACUGAUCAUAUUCAUCAUGAAACACGUGGUUUAACUGGUUGGCACCGAUUAGGUUCAUUAAUGAUUGCUAUGGGCCAAUUUGAUAAAUCUGAAGAAUUUUAUACAUCAGUAUUUGAAAUGACAUCUGAUGAUAAUUGGACAGAACUUGCUUAUCUUCAUCAUCAAUUUGGACGCAUUCAUGAUAAAAAAGGUGAUCUUGAAAAAGCUCUUGAUCAUUAUGAAGAAGCACUUGAUAUUCAAUUAGAUAAUCUUUCUUCAGAUGAUCCAAGUCUUUCAAUGACUUAUACUGGUAUUGGCUCGAUUUUGCUUGCUCAAGAUGAUUUCGAUGAAGCAUUAGGACAUUUUCAACAUGCUCUUGAUGUCGCUCUUCGAAAUCAAAAUUCUGAUUUAUCGGAAAUUGCAACUAUACAUAGCUACAUGGGUGGAGUAAUUCACGAACAAAAACAAUAUAUUCAAGUACUCAAAAGUUAUCAAGAAGCUCUUACCAUUCGGCAAAAGCUUCUACCACCUGCUCAUCCACUAUUAGCUACUAUUUACAAUAAUAUCGGCUUAUUACGUGAAGCAAUGAAUGAUCAUUUGAAAGCAUCCUCCUUUACAGUCAUCUAUAUAGAAGAUCCGCAAAAUGAGCCUGAAAAUGCCAUCAAUAAUGAAACAUCCUUGAUGGAUGAGCUCUUUUAUGAAAAAGCACUUAAAAGUCAGCAAAAAUCACUUCCAUUCAAUCAUCCAUCAUUAACUGCGACUUAUCAUAAUAUGUUUGAAGUACUUGAACGUUUAUAUCGAAUAUCAAACACGUGCUGUUGA